GUCUUGAAUCUGUCUUCCAGUCACAUUUGCUCACGUACAAUAUUAAUGCUGUGCGUUUUCAACACUCCUUAAUUAGAUAGCACUAAGGGGAGAACUUGUGACUUUGCGUGUAGCGCGCCACCUCCACGCGAAGCUGCACACGUCCAUCACUUCGUCGUUUAUUGCAUUCUUUUCAUAACUUAACCUCACGAUGGAUGAUGAUGAUGCCGAUUAUAUGCAGGGCAGUGAUGAUGAGGAUUACGGCUUCGACUACUCUGAUGGAGACGAGGCCAACGAAUCUGGAAGUGCUGAUGUAGAGAAUAUGUACUAUACUGCAAAAUCAAAGAAAGAAGAUACUCCAGAGGAAGCACUAAAAGAUUUUCGCGCUAUAGUGGACCAGGAAACAGAGAAAGGAGACUGGGGCUUCAAGGCCCUGAAGCAAUCUACUAAACUCCUCUUCCUACAACUACACCGACCAGCAGAUGCUUUGAAGACCUACAUACAACUCCUCACAUAUACCAAGUCUGCAGUCACACGGAAUUACUCCGAGAAGACCAUCAAUGGCAUCCUUGAUUAUGUCGGUGGUGGCAAGAGUGGCCCCGUCGAGGUGGAUGUGCUAGAAAAGUUUUACCAGGUGACCAAAGAUGCGCUUGAGGAGGCGAAGAAUGACCGUCUGUCUGUCAAGACGAACUUGAAAUUGGCGAAGCUUUGGCUAGAUCGAAAAGAGUAUGGGCGUUUGACGAAGCUCAUCCGCGACUUGCACGCCACGACCAAGGCUGCCAUGGAUAGCGAAGACCAGUCGCAACGGGGAACACAGCUCCUCGAGAUCUAUGCACUCGAGAUUCAAAUGCACAAUGAGAUGCGUAAUGUCAAGAAACUCAAGGAAAUAUACAAUGCAUCCAAUAGUGUGCGCUCUGCAAUUCCACAUCCACGGAUCAUGGGUGUUAUCAAGGAGUGCGGAGGCAAGAUGUGGAUGGGAGAAAGACAGUGGAAUCGUGCAUCGGAAGACUUUUUCGAGUCCUUCCGCAACUACGACGAAGCCGGCUCUCCGCAACGCAUCCAGGUCCUCAAGUACCUUGUCCUCGCGAACAUGCUCACUGGAUCUGAGGUCAACCCAUUCGACUCCCAGGAGACAAAGCCGUACAAGAACGACUCACAGAUUAAAGCAAUGACUGACCUUGUAGACGCCUAUCAACGCAGAGAAGUUCAUCUGGCUGAGAAGAUCUUACGAGAUAAUCGGUCAACGAUCAUGGAUGACCUAUUUAUUAGAUCCUAUAUCGGUGAACUUCUGCGCAGUCUGCGCACGUCCUACUUGAUUGACCUCAUCAAGCCCUAUACGAGAUUGGAGCUUUCGUUCCUUGCCAAACAACUUAAUGUCGAAAUUGCUGAGGUCGAGGAGCUCCUUAUUGGGCUUAUUCUCGAGGGAAAGGUUGAUGGUCGAAUCGACCAGGUCGGCAUGCGCCUGGAACUCGACCAAAGCCACGCACUGGAGAAGAAGCGUUAUGCCGCACUUGAGAGGUGGACAGAAGCCCUGGAGGGCUUGCACUCCACUGUGGCAGCGAAGACAGCUGCUGGAGCAAGAGGAGAUCCGAUGAUGGGCAUGCCGCCUGAGCGGUUCACUCCUGACUUUGGGGGUGCGACGACGACAGGGUUCUAAUUAAUACCUCGUGGAAGUCCUCUCCUGACGCUUUGCCUUAUGAUUGCACUCUCGAUGUUUCCCGAAGCUUUUCAUAAGUUAGACUGUGUUUAAGACUGACACAGCUUGACGCUGCAGUUGUGUGGCAUUGCCCCUUCAAACCAAAUCACUGACAAACAAUCUCACAAGGUCGACACCAGUCCCCAUUAAAAAGUGCAGCAUAAAAAUCGACUUCGGUUUUGUUCACAUGCGGACAGCAGAACUCUACCAGCGGGGGACGACAGCAAAUUGAGAUCUUGCCAUCAGGCAAUUCACGAACUACUGUUUGUGGAUGCCAGUGAAGUCUAGUACACACACCAUAAUAACUUUUGUUUGGCGCAGGGCCAGCGUGUCAUAUCGACCAUUCAUUGCAUUUUAAAGGAUCGAGCUUCAAGGAUCAGUCACGAGAACCUUGGCUGAUAUUGUAGAAACCAUUUCAGCAUUGCAAGAC